AUGAGGAGCUUCAUUUUCCUCCUGUUACUCACCGGCCAUCUAUCAGCAGGUAAUCGAUUCCCCGCUUCGCUUCGAAGACCUUCUGAUUGACAUGCCGAUCGGGCGCUUUUUCUGUCACACCUUAUAGGCGAUAAAGGGAUAGCAUUGAAAGUGGUGGAGUGGAAGAGCACUCAAAAAUGAAAUCUAAAGAAGGAAUACGAAAAUGAGAAUUUUUUGUUUCAGCCAACAUCGACUGGUCGGCCAUCGAUACUCCGCCUGAAUUCGUGCACGAAAAAAAUGCAGAUACGGUCUACUUCAAAGUGGAAAAGAGCGGAAUGAGCGAUGAAUCGGCCCAGAAAAUACCCGGAAACCUCCUAGAGCAAACGAUCCGAUGCGUCGCGAACGGAAAUCCACGGCCGAAGUGAGUUUCUUGCCACUAAAAAAUAUGGAAUUUUUGACACUGAUAUUGCGAUACAUUCUCAAAACUGAAACUCCUCGAUCCGUCUUAAGAUUACCACAAUUCCAGUUACCGCUGGAAGAAGGACGGCAAGACGUUCCUCCCCUCGAUGUUCCCGGACAAAGUUGUCCAGAAGCCUGGAGAUGGUAUCCUUCCCGUCGAUUGAUUUGUUAUCACUUUCAUUAUUUUCAGGAAGUCUCGUCUUCUCUCGAUUGGACGAAACGGACGCCGGAAUCUAUCAGUGCGAAGCGGAAAACUCGAACGGAACAGCCGUCGACCGUCCAGUCCGUGUCCAGGAGACGUGGAUCCGUCACUUUGCAUCUGCGGAGCCGGAAGUCGUUGUCGUGGAAGUGGGUGAUCCGUAUCAGAGGAACUGCUCUCCGCCGGCCAGCAAUCCGAAUGCGAGAGUCUACUGGAUCCUGAUGGGAAAAGAGCCGGGACACUUCGAAACGAUCAGCAGCAGCCACAUUUCGAGCAACGAACAAGUGAGUCGGCAAUAGCCGUCGGGCCGCCUAAAAAGUUUCAGAUUGUUUCUCGUAAGCCCUCCUCCUAUCCAAAAACAGACACGAGGAAUUUCAAAUACGACUUUUUUGAUAGAGUCUCGUUCUGAAUCUGAGUCACCAGUUUCCUAAUUGUUUCGUGGGUGGUAAAUUUUUCGAUUGCAAUUGAAAUCGGCGCUCGCCCGCGAAACUUUUGAAAAAAAUAACCAGAAUUGUUUUCAUUUAAAGUUUUCGAACAUUCCCACUAUUAAUAGUUUUUCCGUCGUACUCGUUUCACUCGGUCUCAUAGCUAAAUUCGCCCAUCCAAGUUUUCAAAACAGUACCGUAGUUGGUCCCCCUUCCCUCUAAGAUAAUAGUUGCCACCUCCACGAUCGGUGUCUGUUUCAAGUAUUGGCCGGUCCUCAACGGUUUGUCCGUCCGUCGGGGUCUAUUCAUACUGCGUACAAACUCGUAUUGUAUGGAUUCCAUUGUUAAUUCGAGGCGGUUAGAGUACGUCCCGGCCUUCUCUCUGUGAUGAAUAAGUUCUUUUUUGCGAUGACAUCGUCUGUUUGUGUCUUUCCCGCCGACACCACCUGCCACACAUACUUCCACUGUCCGUUGCGCAAUUCGCAACAUUUUCCGACGCGCGCAAUUAGUCGCCACCAGACGACCUUCGUCCAAGAGUUGGAAGUGAGACAUGAUGAGAGCAUUCUGAAGAACUCUCGAGCAACCAAUUAGAGUCAUUAGCCGCGCCGCUCCAGACGCAAGCUUCUUCCGAUGGGAAAGACGGCAUUAGAUGGCAGAGAGGGAUACUGGUGCGAACCCGCGAAAAGAGGAACAGAUUAGAUGCAAUUAAGUGGUUUUUCUCGCUAAUUUGAUUGAAAUUUGACGAGAAAAGGGUCUGACAACACACGAUGCUUGACCAUUGAUGUCUUCUGUUUCUUCUGUUUCAGGAGACGUAACCGCUUUCGAAUGGUAACCAGACAAAGUACUUCAUAGCAGUGAAUCUUGUUUACGCUCUUACAGCUUUUUGUACUAUCCGGCUUAGUGUAGUCGCGUAAUUGAAGCCCUUGGCGCUUGACGAAUGCACUUCUUCGUUCUCCGUUUCCCUUUCUUUCCGCCCGUAAAACCGACGGCUUUUUCACAAAAAGAACGGGCUUUUCCGAAUCAUGCGCUCUCGCCGUGUUCCUCGCCAACAAUUAUAAGAGCCAUUAUAAUCCUGCUCCUUGACAUUUUGCCUUCACUUCACUGCUUCGUCGCUAGGUAAUUCCCCAUUGGGUGGACGAGGCGGGAGGGAGAAGAAGAAGCCUCUUCCUUUUUGUGGUCCGCUUUUGGUGGCGACCAUUGGUGGUGGUAGCGCGGGAUGGUGUGGGGCAGGAGGCGGUGUCGUCGCCCUGAACCGCCCCGAGACAUUACGUACGUGCUGGAGAGUGCGCAGAGAAGAAGAGCGUGAAAUUCAGAGAAAGCGAGAGAGAUCGCGCGGAGAGAGACACGAGCGCUGCUGACGAGAGACCUAUUGCUGCUGCUGCUGCCAGUGCUGUGCCCUCGUCUCACUACUGCCAGAGCCGUUUCGCCCUCGUCUCCGCCCUACUUGUCCCUCCCGUUUUGCUCGAUUUCGGGUAUCUUCCCACUUCGAACCCUCCAGUAGUCUUUCGGUAUUCCCCGCCGUGUGCAAGUCUAUGAUAUUCAGCUGAUCCGAGGAUGGGCUUACGAGAGACGAUGGGUCUCGGAGGGGGUCCUGCGACCUCCGUCUUCCUGCUAGGAUGCCUCCUCUUCAUGAUGGUCAGUUUUACCUUUUCCCUUCUUUUCAGGGCACAUUGUUCUUCCAUUAUGUUAAUGAAACGGAUUUGAAGUCUGACCGCUUCUACACGUGCACGGCAGAGAACAUCGAGCUCAAAGACUACAAGUUCGGCAACCAGUUCAGUCUGCAGAUCACUAACAACAAACGGCGUAGUUGUAAGUUUUUCCGUUCCAUUUCAAAAAAAAAUUAUCGAAAUUCGAAAAUUUCUACCAAUGCAGGAAUGCAUCAAAUCAAAAAAUGGCUGGUCGCUAUUGUGUGCGUUUGCCAACAAAAAGUACACAUACAAAUAUCCGCCCGUAAAAUUGCUGUGUACUUUCACUUUUGACGGGACGCAGUGUAUCCCAAAGCUGAAAUCUCCUAAAAAUCCGGGAUUUGUCGACGCUCCUAAUAACUUCUUUAUUAUUUCCGUGUUUUUCGACUUGUUUUUGGAAGUGUUGCAGUCAACCGAAUGAGUACUCCUCUCUCCCUCGGAUCCGAUGCUAUUUCGUCGCGUCCGCCCUAUAAUCGCCGCCGGGGCGCGAUGUUUACCCGUCUGCAUCUCUGUUGAUCCAACAAUGUUGCAUUUGAUAGAGAGAGAGAGAGAAAGAAUGGGGGAACUGAAUGGGAGUAAAAUACGGGCGACCGACCUCGCAACCUCUCUUACUCUCUCUGAAUCUCUUCGCUAUCAGCCGAAGAACGGUGUGGUAAUAGUGGGGAAGGUCGUCGAACUUAUUCCCAAAUAAAGAGAAGUGAUAACGUGGGUAAACAGAUGCGGAAGGACAGUCUCUCGGCCGAUUGGCUCGAUUACUCAGAGUAGUCGACAUGUUGUUAGAUAAACACACAACAAAUCGGUGGCGGAGGACCCCCUUUCCGAAGAAACAGCUGUUGCAUUCUGGUUGGCUCGCUCAAUCGACGCAACAGAUUUCAACGCACGGUGUGCGAGCUUUUGCCCCAGUUUUUUUUGAAUCGGCAGAUGGUCAGUUCCAAAUGAUUCAUCAGCAGGGCGGUCGAGCGGAAGAAGCCGACGAACAGAGGGCGAACUGUAUAGCAUAUCAUCAGGGCUAAACUGCUUCUCAUUGUACUGUUUGACAUGUACUUCUCCGCCGAUACGAUGUGUCAAAGGCGUAUAAUCGAAUUAGCGGAAUCUCGAGUUUCUUUGCCCGUUUCUUCGGAACGAAACAGGGUUUCAAAUUUCGAUUGGUGCCCGCUUUUGCUGUUGCCCGGGUCGUCGCCAUGUCCCUCUUCUCAUCACCAAUCACAAUUUUAUUGAAUUCCAUUCUGUGUCUUUCUUCUUCUUCUUCUUCUUCUUCCUCUCCGUCGCCCCAAUCUUCCACCAGCCGUCGCUCUAGUUUUUCUCCCCCGCUUCUUCUCAUCUUCCCUCUUUUCUUCUUUUGUGUUGGUGGUGUAAUGACAAACCAGUCAGUAACAUAUGUGCGAAUGAGCCAAGCGCCGUCAAAACUUGGCCGAAAAAGAAAGGAUGAGGCGGACCAAAAGAAGAAGAAGAAGACGAUGGGGUAUGAGAGGGGGACGCGAGGGUUUCGUGUUCGUCGUCAGAGUCAACUAUCUGCUAAAAAUGGCGGCAAGAUGGCCACCACUGAUUGAUCGCACUUUUGACAAGCGACGCUGCGUCCCUCUGGCUCACGCACUCUAUCUUCUGUGAAGCAGGAGAAAGCUGAAGAGAACAGACAUCCGAUACGAUGGAAGGGUGACUGCUCUCUGCAAAAAACAUUCUCAAACAACAGGGAUUAUCUGUUUGCGCAACAUGAAACUACUCAUUGGCCGGCCACUUCCGCUGAUCUUCCAUGAGCGUCACGGCAAAAAAGCGGGAGGGAAGAAUGACUGAAAUGUUUAUUGAAACCAGAUGAGGGAGGAAGGAAACAGGGGUCAUGGAAUAAUCAAAUUGACGCCGUGGGUGUCGCUUCUCAUCGAUCAUAUGCCACCUGCGGGUGAGAACAAAAUGAUUGAGGGAAAGCGGACAUGCGCACUGAAAUAUGAAGGGGAAUGUGGAUUUGUGGUUUAAAAAUAUUCCAAUGUUAUGUGGGCAAUCGUAAAAUACAUUUACACAAAAAAGUUAAACAUGGGUACAUUUCUGCAAAUCAAAUUGAAUCCAAUCCUAUCAUUUUUCAGUGCAACAAAUGCCACCGACUGAGCAGUAUGUGAACCAGAGCUCUCCGAUCGCUCUGCAGGGCAACCAACACAAACUUCACUGCUUCUUUUCUGGAUAGUAAGUUUUCAUCCAUUACUCUGUAGGCGCAUGUCUGUCCUUUCCAAAAAGUUUCCAUCUGCCGCUCCUUCUCCUGCUCAAAAUCAUCCUUGCAAACAAAAGCAAUUUUUCUCGGCACCCGCUCGUCAUUCAGUCAUUUCGCGCGCGCGCCCACAGAAAUGCACGUCUUUGCUGUCCCCUUUCGGCCAUUUGGCGGACGUUUGCCCGCUGCUUGUUGUGAGCCAGAGAGCGUGAGCCCUGGAGCGGUCGUUGCUGUUCUCUGAGUCUCCAGGGCUUCUCGUGGAGCCCAUUUGGUGCCAGGUUCGGAAGCGGUGCGUGCGCGCGCCGCUCGCGGUUAUUUAGAUGUUUUUGAUGCAUGCGGAAGGGUGUCGGCGUUGAAGAUGACGAAAGAAGAGAGCUGAUAAGGGAGGGACCGGGUAUGGGUGCCCCAAUCCUCUUGACAUUGCUGGCAGUUCUAUUAAAUAUCGAACCAGGGGGACUUCCGGUAACUACAGACCGUUUCCGUCACUGGGAACCUGGCACUAAUGAAGCGUGCGUGCAUUUGAAUGUUUGUCCUUUGUUCGCUGGCCCUUCCUUUUCCCACAGCCGCCUUCUCUCGCUUCCAUUCCUUCAAUUUUGACAAACUUUUCUAAAGGGCCACAAAACAACAACAAUGUCCACUCGUUUCUCUUUUUUGAAGAGAGUACAAUUGAAUGAGACCAACACGGGUGGGGGAAGAAUAUUGGACAAGUUGAAGUGGUCGCCAAUUUAUUAGUAACGGGAGGCGCCCUCUCCUCUUUUUCUUUUGUCUCGGACCCGCCCGAUAGCGAUCUUGUUUUGCGAUGGGUCGGACGAAUUGUAGAAGAAACGGGCUCCUUGGGGACAGAAAUUGUCGCCUUUCUUCCUUGAGCCUUUGCUUUUUGGAAUAGACUGAGAUUCAGAAGGCGGGCGUAUUGAAUAUUCAAAGACUGACGGGAGAAACGUCCGGUUAAUAAGUCAUCACGGACCUAGAUGCACUCGUUGGCUAUUCAUGAGCACAACACCUGGACUUUCGGAUAUUGUUGCGGAAGGGGAAAUAGACGGGUGCGAGAGCGGUGGGCACGUAAACAGUAUCAUGGACGGUAGCAAUUAGGGAGGAACUGUCGGAAGAACCUCUUUUUUUUUGCACUCUAAUUAGCCCAUUAGACACGCUGUCAUUGCGAGAUGGCUCUAAUGGAUCCGAAAUGGAAAUUGUUGUCAGAGGUUAUUACCAGAACGGGAAAUGGGAAAAGUGAUAGAUAAAGAGGAAGUAUUAAAUUGAGGAAUAAGUGACCGAAUCGAAAGGCAAUAUAUGGUUGGGGAAUUGGGGAAAGAGAAGUUGAUGAACUCAACGAGGGAUAAUUGGAAAUACUGGAAUCCUUUUUCACGUUAUUCAAUUGCAGCCCAGCUCCGAAGCCACGAUGGUUCCACAACGGCCGUGAGAUCAGCGAAGACAGCGACUCCGCAGGAUUCCGAUUCGAGUCGUACGGAAAGACGCUCGUGUUCAAUGUUACACAAGACAAGGCUGGAAAGUACGACUGUCGGUUCGCCACGCAAAACGACAUCGAUCGGACGUUCAACGUCGUCGUCGAAGGUUCGUUUUUCUACCAAUCGGAUCGCCUUUUUGUUCCAAUUUCGAUUGACUGAUUCCAUUUUAAAAAAAAGAGCGCGCACGGAUGACCGGGGGUCGUUGCGUGGAAAUUUAGAUGAGAUGAGUGGAGAUGUGACUGGUUUUAUUUCAUCGGAAGUUGUUGAUGGAAUUGUGUGCGCGCCGGGGGUCAGCUGGACUUGAGGACGUUUUUCUCAUGUGAGGGAUCAUUUCAGCUGCUCCGUACUGGCCAGAAGGACCUCCGCCGAACACGAACACCAGUGAAGGAGAGACGGUGAUUUUCGACUGUACCACCUACGGAAAGCCUACUCCUCGAGUCACAUUCUACAAGAACGGAGUGGAAUUGGGAAGCCAGAAGGACGAUCGGUACAUGAUCGACGGCACCAAACUCACGAUCUAUGACGUGAAGAAAGGCACCUUCGGAAAGGGAGACAAUGCAGUGUAUCAGUGCAAGUCUGAGAACAAGCACGGAUGGCUAUGGACCAACUUCUACCUCAAUCUUCUUGGUAUGAAAAGUAUAUCUUGAGCACAGACCCAUUAUUCGUUUUCAGCCUUCAAACCACAGCUUCUCAUCGAGCCGGGAUCGGAAGAGGUGGAGGCAGUGGCUGGAAAGAAAGUCACCCUCGAGUGCAAAUUCUUCGCCAGUCCGAACGCCGAUGUCAAAUGGGAAGCUCCAAUGCUCGCCGGAUCGAAGAGCUCUGUGAUUCCCGCGAAUCCGUACGGUGUCGGCAAACUGGUGUUCAGUGAAGUGACUGCAGCGGAAGAGGGCGAGUACGAGUGCGUCGGAACGAACAAGUACGGGCAAGCGACCGGAACUAUCACUCUGAAAGUCAGAAGUGAGUUUUCAAGGGAUUCAAUGAACAGAUAAUAUUUCAUGACUUUGCAGAACCGACAAACGUGGCGCCGUUCGAGCGUGCGGAAGAAACAAAGAUGGCAGGAGAGACUUUGAGAUUGCCGUGCGAUGCGACCGCCGAUACUCAGUUGGAAGUGAAGUACGAGUGGCAGGUGGACGGAAAACCACUGCCUGAGGAUAGUAUCAGCUCUGGGCAUUAUAAGGUGGCAAUGGAAAGUUAGUACUGAACGCAUUAAACGGUUUUCUAGAUUGAUGACAGCCACGGAUUGGUGAUUACCAACCCCACACAGCACGAUUCUGCCAAGUACAAAUGUGUUGUGAGUACGAAAUUGGACCAAGUUGAGAAGGAAAUCAAGAUUCAAAUCAAGGGUAAUAUAACUUCACACUGAGAAUGGAGCGUCUUACCUCUAUUUCAGAUGUUCCUGCGGCUGUGCACGCUGCCUGGGUCGAGAACUGUGACAAAAAUUCGUUGUCGGCACUAAUCUCCUUCGAGCACAUUGAAUCGGCGAACAACAUCGCCCCAGUCAAGGAAUUCUGGGUGCAAUACCAAAUGGACUCGGAGACGGAGGGAUCGCAGUGGAGAACGCAUCCGGUGCCCGUCCAGGCCCAUCCGAAUGACCACAUCGAGGGAGAUCUUCGCACCGUGCGUGGAUCUGCCACCGUUUCUUUGCAGCCGUUCGGAAAGGUAAGUUCUGAAUUACUCAAAGUACUAAGUGAUGAAACAACCGCAUUUUCAGUACGUGUUCCGCGUUCUGGCCCGAAACUCCGUCGGCGACAGUUCCGCCAGGAAAGCCAAAGAUCAAUGCGAUACCCCAGCCAAACAUCCAGACAGAAAUCCGAGCGAGGUUGCUGCCAAAGGUACGAGCCCUGAAAACCUGAUCGUUCAAUGGAAGCCGAUGGCAAGAGAAGAAUGGAACGGCGCCGAUUUCCAUUACAUCGUCAAGUACCGUCCACGAGAAGACGGCCAGGGAGUAGGCGAGUGGAAGGAAGUCGCAGUUGCUGAUCCGUUCGCUGAUCGCGUCACUGUCAAUCUAGAUGACGACAAGGACGUGAAGGCGUUCCAACCGUACGAAGUGCAAGUACAGGCGGUGAACAACGAGGGAAGAGCGAAUGUGGUGCCAGAGACGGUCGAGGGAAGAACUGGAGAGGGAGUGCCGAGCAGCAUUCCAAGCGGACUUCGAGUGCUCGAGAAAAGUGGAACUACUGUGACCCUCGCGUGGAACGGUGUGGAUCCUCAGACCGCGAACGGAAACUUCACUGGAUACAAGAUCACCUACUGGGUCGAUGAGAACGAGCAAGAUGCGGAAGAGCCAGAGGACGAGGCAGAGGAGAAAAGGAAGUACCGUUGGAAGAGAUCCAUCCGCGUGAAAAGACAGUCUGGAGUCCGCAAAACUGUCGUCUUCGGUCCGAGUGCCACGCAGGGAACCAUCUCUGAUUUGAAGCCAGACACGUUGAACCACGCCUACAUUCAAGUGACUAACGGAGCACAUGAAGGAGCUCCCAGUGACGUCAUCGAUUUCCAGACCGAUGAAGGAGGUAAGCGUUGUUUCCUAUAUAUUCUGAGGGAUUCUAGCGAACUCAAUAGAUUAAUUCAUAUGUAAAGUCCCCGCUUAUAAAAAAGGUGUAGUAGCCAUUUGACAAAAAGAGUACUUUUACAUCGGAAUUCGUAAUGAGCCGCCCUUCCAUUUGCUCUCUCAUUUCAAUAAACUUUCAGUUCCCGAGCCAGUUCGAUCCCUUCGCGCAUACCCAAUGAACUCGAAGGUCGCAGACGAGAAGGGAGUCGUCGUUCUCGUUUGGAAGAAACCGAGACAGACAAACGGAAAGUUGGCUCGCUACGAGGUGGAGUACUGUAAGACGCAGAACGGAAAACCCGUCGAGAGUUCGUGCCCGCGACAACAAAUUGCUGCCGAUGCCAAGGAGGUUCGACUCACCGGACUGGAGAACGAGACUCCGUAUCGCUUUGUGCUCAAAGCUCACACGGCUGCCGGAGAGGGAGAUCCGAACUCAUCGGAUGCGACCACGUUGCCUGAAACUACUGCUGCUGGAGGUACAUAUUUUUUAUCCCAGUUUUGGUAGCUAGCAGAGAGUAUCCGCUGUGUGUAAUUGGGCACCUAACUAGGCUGACCUUUCUUUCUUCCUUUUUCCUACCUGCCGACAUCCCCUUUUACUCACCUUUUGUUGUUCGUCCAUGCUUCAUUAAUCGGUCAGUCGUCCAUGCAUUCUCGUCACAAUUCACCUGCGCUCGCUGUUCGUUUCGACAAAUCAUCUGUUCGACUCAUUAGGGCGAAUCCCGACCGCAGGAAAUAGCUGAACGGGAAGAGGGCACACGAGUGGCGACAUCUUGGGUGCGCCUGCAAUUAGGGGCGGAGUCAGAAGCCCUGCUCGUCUCCUCAGCGGCUCGCUUCGCGUUGCCGGCUCUCUUGCUCCUCGAAUACCCUUGUCCAUCGUCUAUUGCACACCUAGAGCGCGGGGCUCAGCUGGCCGUAGACGAGAGGAGCCGACCACAAGUCCAAUUUUGUAGUUGGCAUCCCUCUUUCCGAGCCUUUUCCCAUCGCUGCUUUUUUUUUGUCAAUUCCAACGAGCCUGCUUCCUGCCAGGCUGGUUCACCAGAUCGCCAGUGCAGAUAACGGAGUUUCCGUAGCGUAUACGCAUAUUGUUGCUUUACUGCUGCCUUCGUCCGACAUCGGACGCCUCCUCAUUUCACCUCGAUAAACCGGCACUUUCGAUUCCCGCCGACUUUCGGUUCGCUCUCCCGUCAUAACAACACUCAAUUACUAUACGACAACGCCAUCAUGUUGCAUAUUCUCUCGUUCCUUCUUUUCGCACACCUCCGUUUAUUGUCUACUGCUGCUGGUGAGUUCUCCAAGUUCAUAGAACUAUGCCUCUUUUCUAAACAAAUCGUGGGCUUGUUUUGUGCACCGACUAAUCCUAUCGCUUUCUCUGUUUCGUUCUCUACUCUUUUCCUUUCUUCCACGUCUCUAAAGUGGGCGAACAAUCGAUUCGAGACAAGCCCACGGACAGCAGCACCCACGACUUAACCCAUUUUGUGCAAAGAAAUGAGCGUCGCUGAGAAAACGAGCCAAGUUUUGUGCCGGCGGCUAGAUGGAUGGCUCUUGGAGCAGGAAGCCGACGGAGCCCAUGUGGCAGCACACAAAGACAUUUCGGGCGCCGAUUAAUUAGCUUAAGAGAGUCAGUUUUGAGGACUACUGUACAAGUACGAAUAAAAGAAAUGCAGCGGCGCGGCAGAAAAUAGAAUGGGCGCUUAGAUGGAUGAGGGCUAAUUGAAAAUUUCGGGGCGAGAUGUUGUCAGGAUUGACGAGUCGGUGUUGAAUUACACAUCACAGCCUAUCGCUCAUUUCACUGAUUCUCUUCUUCGUGGCACCUGCUUUAUGUAGCCGGGUGGAUUAAUAAGAUUAGAAGACAGGGACAGGUGUAGGUGUGGAAAGAUCGGGCUGUACCAGCCAGAAUCACAUCUGGAUUACACGGGGCUUCUAUGACCAAUCGCAUAUAUUACAGUGGACCCCGGAGUGCCAUCGCUAGUGGAAAAUGGCAUCGGAGACAAAUACAUCAACGUUUCGUUCCUUCCGGCCUCAUAUGAUGAAGAGAACCGAGCGCCAGUCGGAAAUACGUUCGAAGUGCAGUAUAAACCACAAAACGAGGAUAAUUGGGACACCGUCAAGCCGUCUGGUGAGUGCUAAUGAACCUAAUUAUACCCAAUGAAUAUUCAUUUUCAGAUGACGGACUGACGGUUCAUGUUGACGGCCUGAGCCCUGGAACCAAGUAUGAUGUGAGAGUUGCCGCCCUUCAAGUGGACCCAGACGGCGAAACGACGAAGACGUACUCGAGCAUCUCGAAGAUCACGACAACUGGAACCAGUUCUCGUGAACGAAACAUCUACCUCCUCCUGCUCUUUCUGCUUAUUCUCCUGCUCCUGCUCAUCAUCUGCUGCAUCUGCUGUGUUGUGUGCCGUCAUCGCGGACAGAACUACCCGGUGUCGCAGCGUGAACGUGAGCAAGGAAGAGAGCCGAUCCUCGGAAAGCCAGACUACAAGACGUAAGUCUGAAAAUAAAAAUUAAGAAGAGGAGCAUUUUCGUUUCAGUGAUGAUGAUGAGAAGCGGUCGUUGACUGGAUCGAAGGCCGAGUCGGAGACGGACAGUAUGGCGCAGUACGGAGACACCGAUCCGGGCGUCUUCACUGAGGAUGGAUCCUUCAUCGGUAAGCUGAUCAGGGUGAAAAGAGCGUGGUACGAAUGAAAAAAGUUGUUUCAGGUCAGUACGUCCCGCAGAAGAGCUUGAUGCCGGCUGAGCGGCCGGAGAAGGGAUCGACGUCGACAUUUGUCUGA